GUAAUACAUACGUAAAAUGCUAUGACUUUCUUAAGAGCAUAAUCUAUUUCCGUACUUAGAGCUUUAAGUAGAGCUUGUUCUUAAUUUUGUGAUUGAUUAUGAUGAUGUUAUGAUGUAUUAUAUGUUCCGUUUGUAAAAUGUCUACUUGAUUCAAUACCAGCGCAAAUCAUAUUUCUAGGAAGUAAAUUCAAUGUUGAAAGUACUUACCAUCAGGAUUUCGAUUACAACGUACCUACUACAAAUGCAGAAAUUUGAGCAGUAAGACUAUUAUUACACCUACUCUGCUGCAGAAAUGAUCCAGUCAAGCGCCUCCACCAAAACAAAAACUUCAAUUCCGGAUUGGCAUUGUAUCACUGACGACCAAUGGGGAAAAACGUCACAAUUGUGGACAAUCAAACGUUUUAAGGAAUAUCACUGUAAAGUUAACAGUUUGCUCACGUCAUCAACAUUUCGCAGCCGCACGCAUCUCAAUUAUAAUUGGUACUUGACUAUGGUGACUAACAACCAGCAUCUUGAAGUUGAUUAUAUCGGGAUAUUUUUGAAUCUUGACAACGAUGAAGAUGAUGACAAUGAGAUAUUGGUCAACAUGUCGAUAUGUUUAGUAGAUGCCGAAGGAAAUGAAGCAUUUCGUCGUCAAACUGAAGUGAUAUUCGCAACUGGCAGUUUUAAAUAUGGAUAUUCAUAUUUUGUUUCAAAGAAGGCAUUAUUUGAUCCAGAUCCGAAGAACAAAUUACUCAUUAAUGAAGACACAUUAACAGUUUUUUGCGAAUGUAAGUUUGCUCCAAUGGAUGUGUGUAGUAAUGUACCACAGCAGCAGGAUGAAGUGAAAGUGACAGUUCCCGACAAUGUACUAAAAGGAUUAGAACGUUUGUUGCAUAAUCAAACUUUUGUAGAUGUAACUUUUGUAGUUGAUGGCAAGAAUUUCGGUGCUCACAGAAGUAUUUUAGCAGCACGUAGCCCUGUUUUUGAGGCAAUGUUCAAACAUAAUAUGCAAGAAAAUAGAUUGAACGAAGUUAACAUCUCAGACAUACGUUCUGAAGUAUUUGAAGAAUUUUUACUGUUCAUGUAUACUGACAAAACGCCAAAUUGCAAAACGGUGACGGAGUUAUUCUUAGUUGCUGACAAAUAUCAAGUCGAAAGCCUACAGGUACUCUGUGAAGAAAUUAUACUGAAGGAAUUAUCAGUAGAGAAUGCGAUCGAUUUGUUAUGUUUUGCUGAUCUUCAUGGGGCAGAACGAUUGGUAAAGCAAGUUGGGUUUUAUAUUAAAACAAACCCUGCCAAUCUUAUUUCAACCCAAUCGUGGAAAAAUGCCAUUUUGACACGUCCUCAUUUAUUUGAUCAUGUGAAUGGAGUAUGUGAAGUUCAGCGUCCAAUUAUUGUACCAUCAGAACUUCAAGUUCCAUCCUCAAGUGACACGUCCAUCCAACGAAAACAUAAAACGUAAAAAUUGGUGGAAACCAAUCUAUAGGCACUUGUAUAUAGUGGAUCAUUCUGCAAUAGGCUUUACUGUUGAUAAUGUACAUAUAUAAAUGUUUUUAUUUUGUGACAUUUCAAAUUACAACUUACUCAGCUUG